AUGAGGGUAUCUGCCUUUCUUUUUAAUUCAACCCUCCUAGCCGCUUCUGUGCUGGCUUGGAGGGGUCCACUUCCGCGGGCUGAGCCAACCGGCUCUUCUCCCCAACUUCCUUCUUCGCCGACUGGCGAACCUCCUUCGGGUGGAGCCGUGCCGACGCCCGGCUCUGGUCCAUCGCCUAGCGGUUCCCCGGGCGGUCCGAAAUGCGGCAAGGGAUACACUUACUGUGGCUACAUGCUUACCUCUAACGGUCACAACUUCGGUUCCACUGAUAUCAGCAAGGCUUACUGUAACGGCUUGCAAGAGCUCUGUGCUAAUGGCAAACCAAAGACGGAUGUUUCUGAAGCUGUCUUCGUCUGUAUGAACGAACAGCCGUCUACGGUUGAGCUCCUGUGCGCUUGUGGUGGCAAGUGUCGCAACGAUGCCGAGACAAAUUUCAUCGCCCAUUGCGAUAAACCUUGCAUCAACAAUUAA